AUGAAGGGAUCACUGGAAGACCUUUGCCAUCCACUUGCGUUGAUUGGCGCUGCUUGCGAGCUUGACCGGGACCGAUGGAUCAAAAAGGAGAUCCGCCCUAUUGAGUCGACGUACAUUGAGAAGAACUACCAGUGGAGCAAUACUAGCAGUGAGAGCCUUGCGGCUGACCCCGAAGGCGAGACAAUGGGGGACACGCUCAGUCUGCGCUUUCAGUCGAGCUUCUUGCUCACGGGCCUGGCAGCCGCGAGGCGGCAGCUCAUCCGCAUCGGUGACCACUUGAGAGAGAUGCGCAAGGACCCGGACAUGGUUUCAUUCUUGAAAGGCCCUGGCGGUCAUCACGGCAAAAAUACCAACCCCGGCGGCUACGGAAUGGACUUGGGAAAACAGCAGGCCCACACGGCCGGACGUCUGCAACACCGCAUCGAUCAGAUCACUGAUGAAUUCGACUUGAAGCUAGAAGGCUGCAAGUCGUCCAUGGAGGACAUGAUGGCCACGACUCAGGUGGUCAUCAGCCGCAUCGCGAGACAUGACACGAAGACUAACACGGCGAUAUCCAAAGCUACCAGAGAAGAUAGCUCGCAAAUGCGGUCCAUAGCAUUCGUGACCAUGAUAUUCCUGCCUGUCACAAGCAUUGCAACCAUCUUCUCGAUGAACGUGUUUGACUGGCAAGCCAAAGACGGGGAGCAUCUAAUCACGGUGCACUUCUGGCUCUACUUGGCCGUGGCUGGAGCAUCAACGGCCCUUACGGUCGGUUUGUGGGUUUUCUACACACGAGUGAGGAAGGAGUUGUGUUCUAGGAAGGAUGAGGAAGCCGGUGUCUAG